UCUUCGAUUUCCUGGUCUUGCAUCUGAUGUGUCAAACAGUUUUAGUGGAGGUAGCUAGACUUGGGAGGACAUUUUUCAUCAGAUAGUGUAUACCUGAUUAGAUUUCCUUCUCGAGGUGGAAGGCACUUAAAAGAUUCGUCCGCUCACUUAUUUUUUACGUUUUUUUUUUUUAAAGGUUCUCCUUUUCACGUUUUUGUUAGUGUUUGUUUUCUUUAGUUUGGUAUAUUCUCUCGUGUACAUGGUGACAAGAUGCUGGAUUUCUUCACCAUCUUCAGUAAGGGAGGCAUAGUGUUGUGGUGUUUUCAGGGAACCGGUGUUACAGAAUCCUUCACCGGGCCUGUCAACGCGCUGAUCCGCUCCGUGAUCCUUCAGGAACGCAGUGGCAACAAUUCCUAUACUCAUGAUGCCUUGAGUCUUAAGUACAAACUCGAUAAUGAGUUUGAGCUGGUUUUUGUGGUGGGUUUUCAAAAAAUCCUGACGCUGACGUAUGUUGACAAGUUCAUAGAUGACGUACAGCUCCACUUCAGGGAUCGCUAUAAGAAUGAGCUGGAGCAAAAGGGGGCCCGUACACUGUUGAGCAGCUGUUUUGCAUUUGAGGAUGACUUCAAAAUGCUUCUUUGUGAGGCGGAGGAGAGCAGCAAAGCUCGAGGUCCUACCUCCAUGAGGAGCUUCAAUGCUUCCCUGAAAUCCCAGAAAACUGUGAAGUCCAUGAUCGAGACGAAGGGAGGGGAUAAGGGCAAGGAACAGGGUGGCAAGAAGAAUAAGAAUGCCAAAAAAGAGGCUCCUGCUGCUGAGCCUGUGAAAGGGGAACAAGCUAAGGCUCCAGCCAGUCAGAAGACAGUGGAGAAUGGUAACCAGGGCUUGACCCAGGAGGAGAUCAUUCAGAAGAAGAGAGAGGAGUUUAUACGCAAGCGCAUGUGGGCACCUGCAGAGAAGCCCAGUAAGUCCCCCAAACCUGUGAAGGAGAAAACCAAGGGGAAAGAGAAGCGGGUGUGGACCUUGGGUGGCAGCAGCACCAAGGAACUGGACUACAGCCAGUGCAAUGGCAACGGAGACCAUGCUACUGGGGUCCAUGUCCUGGAUGCUCAAGCUGACCCGGGGAUGCAGCUGAGCUCGAUGAAGGGUGACCUGCUCGCUGUGGAUUACGAGUCCAGCGAGGAAGAUGCGGUGGAGAAGGUGGUAGUUGCUGACACAAGCAAACAAAUGGGUGCUUAUGUGGGGAUGUUUGGGAUGCUCAAGGGCCUGGUGGGUUCCAAGAGUCUGAGCCAGGAGGACAUGGAGCCAGUUCUGGAGAAGAUGAGGGACCACCUCAUCGCUAAGAAUGUAGCAGCUGAAAUUGCCUCCCAACUCUGUGACUCUGUAGCCAAGAAACUGGAGGGCAAAGUCAUGGGUACCUUCACUACUGUAGCAUCAACAGUAAAGGGGGCCCUGCAGGACUCCCUGGUCCAGAUCCUGCAACCAAAGCGGCGUGUGGACAUCCUGAGAGACGUCUUGGAGGCUCGGAGCCAGCGCAGGCCCUUCAUCAUCACCUUCUGUGGGGUCAACGGGGUUGGCAAGUCCACCAACCUGGCCAAGAUCUCUUUCUGGCUAAUCGAGAACGGUUUCACCGUGCUGAUAGCAGCCUGUGACACAUUCCGUGCGGGGGCCGUGGAGCAGCUGCGUACCCACCAGCGCCGCCUUAACUCCAUGCACCCCCCUCAGGACGACAGGGGACGCCCCGUAGUGCAGCUUUAUGAGAAAGGCUACGGGAAGGAUGCCGCUGGCAUCGCCAUGGAGGCUAUCGCCUAUGCCCGUAACCAGGACUUUGAUGUGGUGCUGGUGGACACUGCUGGACGGAUGCAGGACAACACCCCGCUGAUGACGGCCCUGGCCAAGCUGAUAGCUGUCAACAUGCCUGACCUGGUGCUGUUUGUGGGGGAGGCUCUAGUGGACAACGAGGCUGUCGACCAGCUAGUGAAAUUUAACCAGGCGCUGGCUGAUCACUCCAUUCUGAUUGAUGGGAUCGUUCUCACCAAGUUUGACACCAUUGAUGACAAGGUUGGCGCUGCUAUCUCAAUGACCUACAUCACAGGGCAGCCCAUUGUGUUUGUCGGCACGGGGCAGACCUACAAUGACCUGCGGAGCCUCAAUGCCCGUGCUGUGGUGGGCGCCCUUAUGAAGGCCUGAGUGGCUGCUGCCUGCAUAUGUUCACCACCAUCGUGACAAAGCCAACCACAAACACUGCACUUUGAGAUGUCUGGUCCUGCAGUUCACAUCCUAACUAUGAUCCUCCACAUGGCACCAAACACAAAACUCACAGGCUUCCUCCCAGCUCCGUCUGGGAACGGGGCGGUUGUUGACUUUUUAAGCAAUAUUGCACUAAGAUCUCUUGAAUUUGGACCAACAGUUUAAAGUACCUCAAUUUUGUUUAGCUUUAAAAUGAUGCGGUGAAGUUCAACAAGAGACAUUUCCAUCUGAUCAAAUGUCAAAUUCACUUCCUGGCAUUGUCUUUUUCCCCUUCACUUCAAUGAGAAAAUGGCAGGUAUGAAUGCUUGCUGGAGGUGACACGUUUCAGCAGCCACCCUGUCCCUGAGUAAAGCUUAGUGACCAUAGUGCCUAUUCCGUCUCCCUGAAGCAUCACCACUGCAGAGGUGAUGGUCUGUCUGCUGAAAACAUCAAUAAGCCUGCACAACACUAAGUAACUCUUGUUUCUCUCGCUCUCCAUGAUGGACCCCUAUGCCCCCUUCUUCCUCCGAAUUGGAGAGUUCAAUUUGGUGGAGGUGAAGAGACAUGGGUUAUUACAUUUGGGGUUAAAAGUCCAGAGAUGUCAAAGGUCUCUGGACAACAGCUUUCUACAAAAUAAAAGGGUCAAAAUGACAAGUCUUACAUUCUCAGUCCCAUAUGUCAAUUUGAGAAUGUAAACAUUUCUAAAUAAAGCUGCUAUGAACAGCCUAACAACUUAUGGUUUUGUUAUGUACCCUAUAGCUUAUGUUUAUACGUUUUCCAAUUCCAACCUUGGAACAUAAAUGCUGAUAGUGUGGUCUGGAUAACAAAGGCAAAAUGUCAUCUCUUGGCAACAUGGAAAAGUAUUGCAACAGGAAGAGUCGAGUGGCAACUGGUGUACAGUGCAUUCGGGAAGUAUUCAGACUUUUCCACCCCUAUUCUAAAAUUGAUUUAAUUCCCUCAAUCUCCAACCCAAAACAAAGCAAAAACAGGUUUUUAGAAAUGUUCUAAUUUAAAAGAUGAACAGACCCUUGUGAAUAACUAUUCAUACCCUUUACUAUGAGACUCAAUUGAUGCAUCCUGAUCUUUGAGCUGUUUCUACAACUUGAAGCCCACCUGUGGUAAACUCAAUUUAUGGGACAUGAUUUGGAAAGGCACACCUGUCUAUAAGGUCCUAGUUGACAGUAUGUCAGAGCAAAUACCAAUCAAUGAGGUCGAAGGAAUUGUCCAUAGAGCUCAGACAGGAUUGCAGCAUUGAAGGUCCCCAAGAAAACAAGUCUCCAUUCUUAAAUGAAAGAAGUUUGGAACCACCCAAGACUCUUCCUAGAGCAGGCCGCCCAGCCAAAGUGAGCAAUCGGAAGGGCCUUGGUCUUGGUCAGGGAGGUGACCAAGAACUUAAUGGUCACUCUGACAGAGCUGCAGAGUUGCUCUGUGGAGAUGGGAGAACCUUCCAGAAGUACUCCACCAAUGGUAGUGGCCAGGCAGAAGCCACUCUUCAGUAAAAGGCACAUGACAGCCUGCUUCGAGUUUGCCAAAAGGCACCUAAAGGACUGACCAUGAGAAACAAGAUUUUCUGGUCUGAUGAAACCAAGAUUGAACUCUUUGGCCUGAACGCCAAGCAUCACGUCUGGGGGAAACCUGGCACCAUCCCUAUGGUGAAGUGUGGUGGCAGCAUCAUGCUGUGGGGAUAUUUUUCAGUGGCAGGAACUGGGAGACUAGUCAGAAUCGAGGGAAAGAUGAACAGAGGAAAGUAGAGAUCCUUGAUGAAAACCUGCUCCAGAGUGCUCAGGACCUCAGACUAGGGGCGAAGGUUCACCUUCCAACAGGCCAAUGACACCAAGACAACGUUGGAGUAACUUCGGAACAAGUCUGAGUGGCCCAGCCAGAGCCCAAACCCGAUCGAACAUCUCUGGAGACCAGAAAAUAGCUGUGCAGCGACACUCCCCAUCCAACCUGACAGAGCUUGAGGAUCUGCAGAGAAGAAUGGGAGAAACUCCCCAAAUACAGAUGUGCCAAGUUGGUAGUGUCAUACCCAAGAAGGCUGUAAUUGCUGCCAAAGGUUCUUAAACAAAGCACUGAGUAAAGGGUUUGAAUACCUAUAAGAGUAUUUUUACUUUUGCAAAAUUGUCAACCUGUUUUUGC